AUGACUGUGGUUCUGUCCAUGAACAGAUUCUGCAGCCCCAUUACCUCUGAGGGUGCUACUGACAUUGUGGACUAUAGGAGUGUGUGGGAGUCCCAGGACAACGCAGACAGAUCCUCCACCUCUCUCCAUGCCCAGCACCAGGAGUACAGAAUAUGUGACCCUUCUACAGCAGAGUCACAUUACAGGGGAGUUUCACAUCCAAAAACUGCAUCCAGGAAUACACACUUUAAAAGGAAAUAUGUAGAAGAAGAGGAUUAUCAUCUGAGGCUCAGCAGCUGUAGUCAUAAAAAUGUAUCUAUUUUUGAGGAGAGGGCCCAUGUUCUUUACAUGUCCCUGGAGAAAUUGAAAUUCAUCGAUGAUCCAGAAGUAUUCCUAAGGCGGUCGGUCCUCAUCAACAACUUGAUGAAAAGGAUUCAUGGAGAGAUCUUACUGCAGAACAACUGGUGUUUCUCGGCCUGCACUCUGGGAUCAACGUCAGCACAGGAGUGGUUUGUGCCCCAGGACUGUCCCUACCGCAAACGCCUUCGGAUUGCCAAGGAUGACAGUAGCCUUCAGACAUGUUGUUUUUACCAGGAAUGUGGGAGCCAUUAUCUAAACAUCCCUUUUACUGUUAAUGCAAAUGGAGGGCAUGCCGCAGCAUCUUCUCUAUCCAGCAGUAAUCUGUCCUUGCCAGGAUGCUCUCACCACUUGGAUUACAACUCAUCAGAUGUGGCCUCCUACAGGAACAGCACCCAGGGGCCUUCAUGUGGGGGUUUUAUGACUAAUUCCCGACUUCCUCAUAAGUUAAAUUUGCACGAGGACGAAACAGCGGAGGAAAAACGGGGCCUUCUCAGCUUAAACUGCGACGGUGCAACUGGAGGCGGGGGUUUUGAACGUAGAGGUCGCAUUUAUGAUUUUUUGGCAAAUGGUUGCAGUGACAAGUCUAGCAUAAGUGAACCGUGGAAAAAAUCUCUGCGGAAGAAAGAGGUUUCCCCAGCCAAUAAACUCUCCUGUAAUAAAGGGAACAAAAUGUGA